CCAUCCGUGUAACGCAUUGUCUCGGUUUGACGUGAGGCGCAGUACUACUCGUGCCUACUCAUGCCAGUAUAAGAAGUCGUCAAAGCAAAGUAAUUUUAGUUGGGCGAUUUAAUGCGGCUUCGUUUAUCGCAAAAUGUUUUUUAUGGAUACCUCGUAAAACUCACGGAUCGUUGUCUUCGUCUAUUAAUAUUUUUGUUUUCUUCGAAAAUUACAUAAUGAACGUGCAUUAUUCACGGAACGAAGAAGGAGGGAUAUGAACGUCAAAAUCGUAUUACACUAAUAAGCUUGUUUUUUUUUUUUUAAUUUCGCCCUUACACAACGGACAAAAGAAGAAUAUCGAUUUAUUCUUUUUCAUUUCGAUCGAAAUUAAAUUCGAAUUGUCGAAUCGGUUUUCACAUGAAAUUGUAAUGAUUACAUGUAAUACGCAAUUGCGUGCACUUACGGAGAUGAUUGAUUACUGAUUCAUUCGUUGUCAAAUAUGCAGUGUGCUGCCAUUAGAAAUCGUAAGAGUUUUAUGUUCUCUUUUCGUACCUACAAAAUGUGAGAUCAUGUACCUGGAAGCUAUACAACAGACGUAGAUCUUAAUGUAUUAACAAAGAUCAAAUUUCAAUAUUUUAUAGAUAAUAGGUCGAUCCGAAAAUGUAUCGUAAACUUUACAACAGGUCUCGUUUUCUGCAAGUUGAUCAUUCAAAUUAACAGUUUAGAUCUUACUUCAAGGUUAAAUAAGUGAUUUCAAAUAUUUUUAUGUAAAUGUCUUAUGUUACCGUUUUCGUUGAAUGAUUAUUUCAUCCGGCUACAAAGCUCGUCAAAUUUCGCGAUAUUUUUAGAUUGGAGUUACAUUUCAACUAUUCUAUUAAAGCAUUUUUAACAAUCGAAGGUAACAGAAAAUUAUCUCUCUGGCGGGAUUUUAGGAAUUUUUUUUUUAAAUCGAUCAUAACCAUGACUUGUGCUAUUUUUAAGCAUAAUGUAUGUUACUGGAGCAAUAGAACUUUAUAACUUGCAAUUUUUAUAUGGAAUAUAUGUUAUUUGGAGCAUUGUUAGAGCAUCCUUGUUAGUAUUUUCAAGUACUUGAUUCCCUUGAUCAAGAAAAACAAUUAUUUAUAAGUGAUUUAUUGCUGAGAAAUGCCAGCACCACCUCCGCCUUUAUCAACUUUGACAGAGGCACCUAUGUGCGAAAAAACAGAGGUGAGCGACCCUGACUCUUUGCCCCCUUGGGCUAAAAUCACACUUACGUCUGCAGAGGCAGAAAUUGAAAAAUUAAUUGCAAGAAACGAAUUGAAGGAUGCAGAAGUGACUUAUUUUUGUCAAGUCGAACCGAUUCUCCAAGAUGGACCACAAUGCGGUUUGGUAGCCCUUGCGAUGGCGUCUCAAGAAUAUACAAAACCUGUUUCUGUUAGUCAGUUGCUAGCAGAAGCAAGGGUAAGGGGUUUCACCCAGCAUGGAGAAGUAUACAGUGUUGAUUUCAUGGGUACAUUGGCAGCUGAAUAUUUGCCCGAUCAUAGACCAGACAUUUUAGUUGAUUUGCAACAAUGUCCAGAUACUUUAACUCAUGCUCUUGCCCAUGGAGCAAUGGUGCUUAUUCCAUACGAUUCAGAUUUUAAUCAUGCUCCUUGCUUGAAAAGAGGUCAUAAAGCUCAUUGGGCAUUACUUGUAGGACUUAUAUCGUCAAGGCAAGGGUAUCAUGUUUUGGCGCGUCAUGGAAAAUCACGUCAUUUGGCUUGUUGGCCACUACGCGACUUAAUAGAAAGUAAUGGUAAUUUAGAAGAAGAAGGAACUGCGAGACAUGCAGGUGGAUAUGUUAUACCAAAGGGUGGUGUUGGUGGGCAAAGGGGGCUACGUGGGAGAGCAUUGGCAUUGCAUCCAUACAUAUAAGAUUAUUAUAUGUAUAAGAGUUGUAGGAAAUUAAUAUCACAGUAAAGAUGGGAAUCAUUAAUACAGUGUUACUAUAUCCAUGUUACACGGUUAAUAUUCGGAAAGUAAGAUUUAAAAAGCUACUACAAAAGUGACUAUAGUUCUUUGUAAAACAUAACGCUUCGACUUAUGUAUACUCAAAUUAUGCAUUGCGAUUUGCCAAAUGCAAAAAAAAAAAAAAGAAAAAACGAAAACAAAAUAAUACUUCUCCAAUUUCGUAGUAAGUGCAAUCAUAAGUUAUUUGCUCUUAUUUUGCUCCAUUAUGAAAUGUAAAUAAUUAUUAUGUCGGUGCAACUUACAUGUAUAUGAGUCAGGUAGUACGUAUGUUUUGUUAUACAUUAAGGUCUCGAUGCGAUAAGAACAAAUUUGAAAGCAUUGAUGCACAUCAAAUGAUGUGAUACGCGUGUGUGUGCGAAAUGAAAGACGGACGCAUGUAAUUGUCCGCCCAUGCAUUGAUCUAAACGUAUUAGUUAGGAGUUAUUCAAAUCAAUACUAGCUAAUAUCAAAAUAUUUAAGUAUAUUUAUUUAAUGACGACUUGCAGGCCUUGAAGGAUAGUUAUGAUUCUUGUUUUAUGUUUGCACAAUUAAUAAAGAAUACAUUACAUUACAAAUGCA